AUGGAAGGUUUAAACGAGCUAUCAAACAUGAAAAAUUUUGGAUUUAUGGAACGACAAUCGUUUGUUCCCCAAAGAAACUCGGGAAAAGCCAUUUCUUCUCUUAGUAAUAUGCACCACCAUAAUGCUUCUUUAGAUGAUCUUCUCGCAGAGGAGCCACCAGCUUGGCUCGAUGAUCUCCUAAAUGAGCCAACAUCACCUAAGAUGAACAAGGGUCACAGACGUUCAGCUAGUGACACAGCAGCUUACUUGAACUCAACUUUUAUGCCUUUUCAAGAAGAUGACCUUGUGAAAGGUCAUAUUGUUGGUCCUUCUUGGAUAGGUCGGAACAUUAACCGUCGUGAUGAUCCGUGGCAAGCUAACUCUUAUGAAAAACAUGGUAAAUUGGGAUGGGAACUGUCUACCACAAAUGGGACUAAUCUCCAAACACAUGUGGCAUGUGGACCUGUAAAUAUUGUAGGUACCUUAACGUCUAAAUUCCCUGAAAAGCAUGUAAGCAAAAUGAAAGAAGGAGCUUCCACAAAAACUGAUGGUCAUGGAUCAAAGACUGACUCUAAACGUAUCAAACAUCAAAACGCUCAUCGAGCACGUCUAAGAAGGCUUGAGUACAUAUCAGAUCUGGAAAGGACCAUCCAAGUACUACAAGUAGAAGGAUGUGAAAUGUCAUCAGCUAUUCACUACUUGGAUCAGCAGUUGGUUAUGCUUAGCAUGGAAAAUAGAAACUUGAAACAACGUCUGGAUAGCUUAGCAGAAAUCCAAAAGCUUAAACACGUGGAGCAACAACUGCUAGAGAGAGAGAUAGAAAACCUACAAUUUCGACGGUUCCAGCAACAACCACAACAAAAUCAAAUACAAACGCCAUUGGUGCAACAAAACCGGUACAACAAAUACAGACCACCCGCUACACAAGAACCUGAUUCUCAGUUUGCAGCAUUGGCAAUAUGA